GCCCGAGCUGUUUGAUUGGAGCAUUGUGGAGAAGCAGAAGAGUGCCAUGGAGAGAUUGGAUCACGCCUUCAGCAAGGCUGAGCAAACCCUGGGCAUAGACAGACUGCUGGACGCUGAGGAUGUGGCGGUGCUGCACCCUGAUAAGAAGUCAGUCAUCAUGUACAUAACAUCUCUGUUCCAAGUGCUGCCUCAGGGCGUAACCAUGGAGGCCAUCCAGGAAGUAGAGACUCUGCCUCGGACCGUCGUCAAGCAGGAGGAACACUUCACCAUCCAGACCCAACAACGCUACUCCCAACAGAUCACAGUGAGUGUGUCUCAGGGGCGGGUUCGUACCCCCUCCACCUCUCCUAAACCUCACUAUAAAAGCUAUGCCUACAGUCAAGCUGCAUAUGUCAAGUCACCUGAACAAAAGAGGAGACGCUUUACUGAGCAGACCCAGCUGCUGCGUGGGGGCAGUCAGGAUGACCUGGAGCGGGGCCUGAGCCCCCUGGCCCCUGGGGCCACCCAGCUGGAAGACUACCAGAGCAUCCUGGAGGAGGUCCUGACCUGGCUGCUGUCUGCAGAGGAUGGCCUGCAGGCCCAGCCCCCCAUUUCCUCUCACGUAGAGGAAGUCAAGGAGCAGUUCCACACACACGAGGGCUACAUGGUGGAGCUGACGUCCCACCAGGGCAGUGUGGGCAGGGUGCUGCGUGCCGGCAGUGCCCUCCUGGGUGAGGGCCAUUUAACGGAGGAGGAGGAGAAAGAGGUCAGGGAGCAGAUGAACCUCCUCAACUCCCGCUGGGAACACCUCAGAGUGGCUAGCAUGGAGAAACAGAGCAGACUCCACGAGGUGUUGAUGGACCUUCAGCACCAGCAGUUGAAGCAGCUCACUGAUUGGUUGGAGCUGACAGAGGGGCGGAUCAAGAGGAUGGGGGCUCAGCCUAUGGGGCCAGACCUGGAGGAUGUUAAACACCAAGUAGAGGAACACAAACUGUUGCAGGAGGACCUAGAGUUGGAGCAGGUGCGUGUCAACUCUCUGACACACAUGGUGGUGGUGGUGGAUGAGAACAGUGGAGACAGCGCCACCGCUGCCCUGGAGGAGAAACUACAGCACCUGGGAGACCGGUGGGCAGCCAUCUGUAAGUGGACAGAGGAGCAUUGGGUUCUGCUACAGGAGAUCCUGCUCCAGUGGCAACACUUCACUGAGGAACAGUGUUCGUUUGACUCAUGGUUGACUCAGAAGGAGAAGUUGGUUCUGUCCAUCCAGAGCAGUGGCAUCAAGGAGCAGAGUGACAUGGUGGCCAACCUGAGAAGACUAGCGACGGUGAAGGGUGACCUGGAGAUGAAGAGACCGACCAUGGACAAGCUGUGUUCUCUGUGUCAGGACCUCGUCUCCUCAGUGAAGAACAAAGAGGUGGCUCAUAAGCUGGAAGCCAGGCUGGAGAGCUUCGCCCAACGCUGGGACAAACUGGUGCAGAGCCUGGAUAGGAGCAGCUCACAGAUCUCGCUGGCUGUAACCACGGUGCAGACCGAGCAGACGAAACUGACACACUCGGUGACGGCAAGUGUAUCCAAGGUGACGACGCGUGAGAAGGUGGUGGUGAAGAAUACUAAAGCAGCGCUGCCCUCUCCACCGCCCCAGAAGAAGAGACAGAUUGUUGUCGAAUCAGAGCUCAGGAAAAGGUUUGACAUGGACUUCACUGAGCUGCACAGUUUCAUCACGCGCUCCAAGGCCAUCCUACAGAGCCCAGAGUUCUCCAUGUCCAGGAAGGAGGGCAGCGUACAGGAGCUCCACGAUAAAGUCCUGGCGAUAGAGAGGGAGAGGCCAGAGAAGUUGCGGAAGCUUCAGGAAGCAACUCGUUCGGCACAGGCUUUGCUCGAUCAGCUGGCGAGCGAGGGUGGUAGUAGGAGGGCUGAUGACAUCCAGAAAGCAGCCGAGGAGCUCAACACUCGCUGGGAUGGGUUCUGUGCCCUGCUGGCUGAGAGGCUGGAGUGGCUGGCCUACCAGAGCAAGAUCCUGGCCUUCUAUAACCUCUGGCAGCAACUGGAGCAAGCUGUGGUCAACUCUGAGAACUGGCUGAAGGUCCAGCAGCCACCGGCCUCAGAGCCUGAACCUCUGAAGCAUCAACUGGAGCGCUGCAGGGUGAGGA